AAAGUCAACAAAAAAAAAGGAAAAAAACAACCAAAGCAAAAACCUUGAAAAACUUGUGAUUGUGAAUUAGUUUCGCGAAUAUUUAUUGAAAUAAUUUUAAUUAAAAGAAAUUAAAUUUCAAUACAUUUCAUGAUUGUUCUCAUCUCUUGAUACUGUACACAAUCAUGUCCGCCCACAAACAACGAUACAAAAAUGUGUCGGUCGACGCCGAAGAAUUACGUAGAAGACGAGAAGAUCAAGGCAUCCAGUUACGUAAACAGAAACGAGACGAGCAAUUAUCCAAGAGACGAAAUGUCAACUUACAAAGUGUAUCAGACGAUGAGAUGCAAGAAUCGGUCACAUCGAUCAGUACAACCGAGAAAGGUAUAUCGAAAAAAAUGGUAUACGCUUUGAGUUCGAUGAACCCGGUCGAACGUUUGGAAGCUACGCAGCAUUUUCGUAAAUUAUUAUCCCGCGAACCUAACCCGCCUAUCGAUGACGUAAUUAAAGAAGGAAUCGUACCGCGAUUUGUCGAGUUCUUACAAGAUGAAAGCAACCAAACUUUGCAAUUCGAAGCAGCGUGGGCUUUAACGAAUAUCGCAUCCGGUACUUCGGCUCAAACACGCGUCGUAAUAGCCGCCGGUGCGGUACCUAUAUUCGUAACUUUAUUGAAUUCUCCUUACGAAGACCUUCAAGAACAGACAGUCUGGGCGCUGGGUAAUAUAGCCGGAGAUUCGCCUCAAUGUCGCGAUUACGUUCUAGAAUGCGGUGCAUUAAGUCCUUUACUGAAAUUACUGAACACGUCUUCGAAAUUAACCAUGGUUAGAAAUUUAGUAUGGGCUUUAUCGAAUUUAUGCAGAGGUAAAACUCCUCCUCCAGAUUUUAGCAAAGUUUCUCCGGCACUUCCGUAUCUAUCUCGGUUGCUGUUUCAUUCUGACGCUGAUGUAUUGGCCGAUACUUGUUGGGCAUUGUCGUACUUAUCGGAUGGGCCUAACGAUAAAAUCCAAGCAGUCAUCGAUGCUGGCGUUUGCAGAAGACUUGUCGAAUUAUUGAUGCACCAUCAACAUUCGGUGGUUUCGGCAGCAUUGCGAGCUGUCGGUAAUAUAGUUACAGGCGACGAUACGCAAACUCAAGUUAUAAUUAACUGCUCCGUAUUACCAUGUCUUCAGACUUUACUUACCGCAUCGAAAGAAUCAAUUCGUAAAGAGACAUGUUGGACUAUUUCAAAUAUUACAGCUGGAAACAAAGAUCAAAUUCAAGCUGUCAUAGAUGCCAAUAUAUUUCCUCUACUAAUCGAUAUAUUAGCUAAAUCGGAAUUCAAAACGAGAAAAGAAGCUGCUUGGGCUAUUACAAACGCAACAUCAGGUGGCACCGUUGAACAUAUACGUUAUCUCGUCAACAAGGGUUGUAUUCCACCGCUUUGCGAGUUACUCACAGUACCAGACGUUAAAAUAAUUCAAGUCGCGUUGAACGGACUCGAAAAUAUACUACGAGUAGGCGACCAAGCAGCUAAAUUACACUCGACCGUUAAUCCUUACGCGGUUAUCGUAGAAGAAUGUUCAGGUCUCGAUAAAAUAGAAUACUUGCAAUCUCACGAAAACAUGGACGUUUACCACAAAGCUUACGAUAUUAUCGAACAGUAUUUCGGUACUGAAGAAGAAACCACUAACAGCACAAGGCUCGUCCCCCCUGUACAAACUGGUCCUCAAGGCACAGAGCAAUACCAAUUCGCCGCCGACCAAAGCGUACCAAUGGACGGGUUUAAUUUUUAGCUUUCAAGUAAUAACCGUAUUACAAAAAAUAUACAUAUUGUCUUGUGUAAUUGUUAAUAACGAAUUGUGUAAGUGUAAAGGAAAAAUGUUGCCAUUUUUUUUCGUUCCGUUUCGUUUAUUUUUCCGCAGCAGUAGUAAAGUUCCGUUCAAUAAUAACGAAUCGUUAUUCGAAACACGCCGAUUUUAAAUCCGUUUUAAGUAACAUAUUUUUUUUCGUUUUAAAUGCUGAUUUUGUUUGUUGUAUCGUACAUUUUCUAACAGAUGCCUAUUAUCUUAUACAUAUAUUGUAACCGUUUCGUUAUCUUGCUUGUAAAUACGCUCUAAAAGAUACCGAAACUCUCAGCGAACAUUUCUUCUCUGAGUGGUUCCUUCGCUAUUAUUAUUUUGGUUUUGAUUUUUUUCUUUUCUUUAUUUAUCCGUCGUCGACUAUACAUCGAGUCCGCAUAAAGUUCGUGUUUACUUUGGGUAGCUUUUCCUACUGGAUUUGUUCUCUAUUCUUUUUUUUUAUGUUUAUAAACUCUUGGAUCGAUAAUCCACCUCUCGUCAUCGAGUUGAGACAGAAAUUGAGAAAUUUUAAUUAUUUAUGUAGGUAUUCUACAUAUUAUUUUGUUUACCGGAUUCGAAAUUUGAAAACACUUAUUCGAAUAACCUAUUUUUUUCCUUAAUUUUUUUAUUAUUAAAAUUUUGUUAUUGUUUUACAAAAUGAUGUAAACGGGAAAUGAAUAAAAUCUGUGCUUCCUGUUGUGUAAUAUUUUA